AUGUGCGCACGCUCUUAUAGCUCCCCAAGCGAGCAUGAAAAUCGUGCCGCAGCUCGUGUGUACACUACCUGCACACAACCCAAAACUCUGGCCAUUACAUUCGAUGACGGCCCGAAUACGUAUACCAAGACUAUCGUAGAUACCCUCGACAAGGCUGGAGGAAAAGCCACUUUCUUCUUCAACGGAAAGAACUACAAUUGCAUCUACGAUACCACCAACGCUGAUCGUGCCAAGUAUGCCUUCGAUCGUGGCCACCAGGUUGCGUCGCACACCUGGAGUCACUUGCAUCUUCCAACCUUGAGCACCGCCCAAAUUACAUCAGAGUUCCAGAGGGCGAAUGAUGCCAUCAAGAAGAUCACGGGUGCCGUCCCGCGUUUGUUCGCCCUCCUUUUGGAGAGUACAACGCAAACGUUCAGAACGUCGCUGGAUCCUUCGGACAAUCCUUGGUCACUUGGGAUUUGGACUCGCAAGACUGGAACGGAGCCUCGGUCUCUCAAACUGAGGCCACCUAUAUUGACUCUCGGGUCCCCCUCUGACCAUUCUUGGGACGUGCUCAGAACAAGUACUCCAUGGGUCAUCAACUACGCGAAGUCCAAGGGAUAUAAACUUGUCACUGUUGCCGAGUGUGUUGGCUCAGCCUUACAUCUCAAAAGGUUCUCCUUCGGCCCGUGA